AUGCGCACACGCGCUAUGGAUGGCAUCUCUAUACAAAUUAAGCUGAACCUUAACCUUCACACUUCCAUCAUUGCUCCUAUUCCCAAAAACCCACAGGUUGCUCUGUCCUCCCCAGAAUGGUACAAUGCUAUGAAUGACGAAUUUAGUGCUCUUAUUAAAAAUGAGACAUGUGAACUUGUUCCUAGAACACCAGAUAUGAUUAUUAUUCGCAGCAUGUGGCUUUUUAAGCAUAAGUUCAAAUUAGAUGGAAGUCUUGAACGUUAUAAGGCUCGCUUGGUAUGUGACGGUAGAAAACAGCAGGUUGGCAUUGAUUGUGGGGAAACGUUUAGUCCGGUGGUCAAACCCGCAACCAUUCGCUUGGUGUUAUCUUUAGCUCUUUCUCAGUAA